UAAAAACGAAAGUAUCUGAAACGCAGUCUCGCUUAUAUUCUUUAUCAUUUCAAAACAAUGCGUUUACUAUGUUUAUAUCCAUUAAAAAAUGCCACGAUAAAAAAAUUCCAAGUAUUAUUGUCAACCACAUUUAAUCAUGUGGUUGAAUCGUGGCACUUUGAUCUACAGUAAUUAGAGUAAUAACUUCUCCUAAAUUCAAAUCUACAAAAUCAAAACAGAAGAGAUGUGUCACUAGAAAAUAAAAUAAAAUUUCUUACAAAAUAAAAAUGGAAAUCGAUAUCAAUAAAAUAUACCAAAGCCUAAAGAAAAAAUAUUUAAUGGUCUAUCUAUUGGCAAGUUUUGUCGACUGGAUUCAAGGCCCUUAUCUGUACAAACUCUAUCUCCAUUACGAUUAUACGACAACAGACAUAUCUAUUUUUUACAUAACCGGGUUUCUCAGCAGCGCAAUAUCCGGCGUAUUAAUUGGACACCUAGCAGAUAAAUUUGGCCGUAAAAAAUUAUGUGUCUUCUAUUUCAUCAGCACAAUAAUCGCCUGUCUGUCAACGACCUCUCCAGACUUUACAAUCCUCCACAUCGGUCGUAUAUUCGGUGGAAUAUCAACGUCAAUAUUAUUCUCCAGCUUCGAAUCCUGGUACGUAAGCCGUCACAUGUCUGAAGAUCUCCCUCAGGACUGGAUGGGAUCAACCUUCGCAUCCUCAACUCUCUACAACGGAUUACUGGCUAUCACUGCAGGAAUUCUAUCAUCAAUAUUAGCUGAUACAUUUGAUUACGGACCAGUAUCUCCAUUUUUGUUCGCCAUUCCUGUCUGCAUACUUACUGGGUUACUUUGCGCAACGAUCUGGCGCGAAAACACUAAAAAAAAAGUCUACUCAAAUUUCCUACAAGGUCUCAGUGUAAUUUUCCGUAACGACGGGUUACUAUUUUAUCUAGGACUGAUUCAAACUCUCUUCGAGACAGUAAUGUACAUAUUUGUUUUCCUCUGGACACCUAUUUUAGAUCCAAUCGAGCCUAGCAAUGGCCUAAUAUUUAGUUUAUUUAUGCUAUGUAUUGUUUUUGGAAGUGCAUUGCAUUCCUUAUUAGCAAACUAUUACCAAAUAACCCGACUGAUGCUUCUAUGCUCAAGUGUUUUACUUGCGCUAUUCAGUAUUGCUGUCAGCACAAUAGGAAUUCACCUUCAAAUGCAAUUUGAUUGUGAAAAAAUGGGCACAUAUGUAUGUCUAAUAUCAUUUUUAACAUUCGAAUUGUCUGUUGGAAUUUAUUAUCCAGCUGUGGGUUAUUUACGGGGUAUUAUUGUACCGGAAAUUCACAGAGCAAGUGUUGCUAAUUGGUUCCGAUUGCCGUCUAAUUUGUUAAUAUGUGUUGUAUUACUUUAUGUUAGGAUUGGAGUACCUGAUAAUCGCUUAAUAUUUGCAUUAAGCGCUAUGUGCCUGAGUAUUGCUUCACUUUAUUGUGUUGAAUUUGUUAAAGCUUAUAAAAGAGAGUAUUCUAUUAUCAAUGAGGAGAGGUGUAGCAAUCAAACGUGUUCAAAGGUGCUUUACGCUUAAUUAAAUAAUUAUAAUUAUCUUGUAAUUUAUUGAUGUUAUGGUCAGUAAGAUUAAGUACCAAAGUGAUCGCUUGAUAAGUAUUCAAUUUUUAGAAGACUGUUGGAAUUGUAUUUAAGAAAAAUAGUAUUUAAUUUUAUUAAUAAAAAUUAAUUUUAAAUAAAGUAUAAAUU